AUGUGGUACUUCUCCACCAACACCGCAAGUAACGUCCAGAUCUUGAGCUUGGAAAUGUUCUUGAGCGACUGGAACGACUUGUCAAAAAACUCUCGCGAGUACUUGCACUUCUUCAAGUACAACUUGGACGGCCAGAUCUGGAGCAGCUCGAUGAUCUGGGCCAGAUGGUCGUCGUUCUUGUUGUUGGUCCAGCAGGCGUUUCCCAGAUCUGCAAUCUUGACAGAAAUAAUCGAGUCGAAGUCCAUCGUCGUGGUGGCAGUGGACGACUGGCGCGACACGGUGGACAGCACAGAUUCUCGCCGCGAGACAGGCUGGUGCGGGUCUAUUGUCAACGACGAUACACGCCGCGUGGCGCUCGUCACUGGGUCCGGGAACGGGAUCGGCGGUUCGGUGGCGUCCACAAACUCCUCGUCGUUCUCCUCGGACGACUCCUCUUCUUCGGGAAUCGCCUGCGGGGAAAUUGUAAACGCUGCAGGAUUCGGAGCAAGAACAGGCGGCACCGGCGGAAUCGAGGAGACGGCCGGCGCAGAUUCGCUCUUGGCAUGCAUGAACGACUCAUGA